AUGCUCUGCAACAACAUGGCGCCGUCGGCGCUUUUUGCGACUCUGCUUGCCGCUGUACCUGCGUCGGCUUUCUACCUUCCUGGUGUCGCACCCACUUCCUACAAGGUCAACGACAAAGUGCCGCUCUUCGUCAACAGUAUCACGCCCGUCGCCUCCCCCUCCGAUCAACGACUGCACUCCAUCGUUCCCUACGACUACUACCAUGACGAGUUCAAGUUCUGUAGGCCCGAGGGCGGACCCAAAUACGUGUCGGAGAGCUUGGGUAGUAUCCUUUUCGGCGACCGAAUCAUGACCUCCCCCUUCGACCUCUCAAUGGCCAAGAACGAGACCUGCAAGUCUCUCUGCGAGGUUACCUACGAUAAGGAAUCGAUCCAAUUCGUCCGAUCCAAGAUUCAGGCGGGCUAUACUCUGAAUUGGCUCGUUGACGGUUUGCCCCCUGGUCAGCAGAUCGAGGACGAGAUGACAGGAACUUCCUUUUACAGCCCCGGUUUCCUUCUCGGACAGGUGGACCCUACUGCGGAAGUUAUCUUCAACAACCAUUACGAUAUUUGGGUCGAUUACCACGAAGUCAACAAGGACCCUAACCAGCUCCGUGUCGUUGGCGUUACUGUCGAACCAAGCUCGAAGCGAUACUCUCACACUGCUGACUGCGGCGAUACCCACCCAACUGUGGUUCUAAAGGAGAAUGCAGAGUCCGAGGUUGUCAAGUUCAGCUACGCCGUCUACUGGAGAAAGUCUGGAACUGCCUGGGCUACACGAUGGGACAAGUACCUGCACGUCUUCGACCCCAAGAUCCACUGGUUCUGGCUGAUCGACACCGCCAUCAUCGUGGUCAUCCUGGUUAUGACUGUUGUAUCCAUUCUCGUCCGAACUCUGAAGAAGGACAUUGCACGAUACAACCGUCUCGACCAGAUCAAUCUUGAUGACUUCGGUGCGACCUCAGCUCUUGAGGAAGAGGGCGUGCAGGAGGAUUCAGGCUGGAAGCUGGUCCAUGGAGACGUCUUCCGAACACCGUCACGCCCACUUCUUCUCUCAGUUCUUCUCGGAAACGGUGCUCAUCUCUUUGUGAUAACUGCAUGCACCAUCGUCUUUGCCCUGUUCGGUUUCCUCUCUCCAUCCAACCGUGGUUCCCUGGGAACAAUCAUGAUCCUUCUCUACACCGUUCUGAGCUUCGUAGGCGGAUAUGUCUCAGCAAGGGUGUACAAGUCGUUCCAGGGAGAGCAGUGGAAGCUGAACAUCGUUCUCACGCCAACUCUAAUCCCCGGUAUCACUUUCUCCUCUUUCUUCUUCCUGGAUCUCUUCCUGUGGGCCAAAAAGUCCUCUGGUGCCGUUCCUUUUACGACCAUGCUCGUGAUUAUUGGUAUCUGGUUCGUCAUUUCCAUCCCGCUCUCUCUGGCAGGUUCCUGGUUCGGCUUCCGAUCCGCCGCUAUUGAAGCCCCGGUCCGCACCAACCAGAUUCCUCGACAGAUCCCACCUGUGAGCACAUGGUUGAAGCCAGCCCCCAGUAUGCUCAUUGUCGGUCUUUUGCCUUUCGGCGCUAUUUUCGUCGAGUUGUACUUCAUCAUGAGCUCCAUUUGGUUCAGCAUGAUCUACUACAUGUUUGGUUUCCUUUUCCUCUGCUACAUUCUCAUGGUUAUUGUUUGCGCAGCCGUCACGAUUCUCAUGACUUAUUUCUUGCUCUGUGCCGAAAACUACAACUGGCAAUGGCGGUCGUUCAUGGCUGCCGGCAUGACCGGUGGCUACAUCUUCCUUAACUGUCUCUUCAACCUGAUCACAAAGGUGAGACUCGGUGGUUUGGCUGGAGUAGUCUUGUACCUCGGCUACAGUGCCUUGAUCUCCAUGCUCUUCUUUGUUCUUUGUGGUUCCAUCGGCUACUUUGCCAGUUGGUGGUUUGUACAGAGGAUUUACAAGUCAAUCAAGAUUGACUAA